AUGGCGACAUCAUCAACAGGUAAGGCCAAGUACAUAAUCGGCGCUCUCAUCGCCUCUUUCGGACUCUCUUACAUCUUCGACAAACUUGUCGCUGAUGAUAAGAUCUUCGGAGGGACAACACCAGGAACGGUCUCUAACAAAGAAUGGUGGAAGGCAACGGACGAGAAGUUCCAAGCUUGGCCAAGAACAGCUGGUCCUCCCGUCGUUAUGAAUCCCAUUAGCCGACAGAACUUCAUCGUCAAGUCGCGUCCGGAAUGA